UUCCCGUUCCCAUCUCGAACAUAAUUGUCCCCUGCGGCCCCCUGAUUUGGACUCCAGAAGGUUCCCCUUCCACCUCCAUAUCUUCUUCUUGGUCCUCCUCCGCCUCCACUUUGCCUUCCCUGCGUUGCGUCUUGAGAGAGAGGAGUGGGAGACCUGUGCGAGAGGCUGCCGUGUAGGGACCGUAGAGUUAGCAACUGCAAAGGAGGGAGAGGGGAUGGCCGGGAUCGGGCCGAUCAGGCAGGACUGGGAGCCGGUGGUGGUGCGGAAGAAGGCACCCACCGCAGCCGCCAAGAAGGAUGAGAAGGCCGUCAACGCCGCGCGCCGCGCCGGCGCCGAGAUCGAGACCAUGAAGAAGUACAACGCUGGCACGAACAAGGCGGCGUCCAGCGGCACAUCCCUCAACACCAAGCGCCUCGACGACGACACUGAAAACCUCGCCCAUGAGCGAGUUCCAAGUGACCUGAAGAAAAAUCUCAUGCAAGCAAGGCUCGAUAAGAAGAUGACCCAGGCACAGCUUGCUCAGAUGAUCAAUGAGAAGCCACAGGUGAUCCAGGAGUAUGAGUCGGGCAAGGCAAUCCCCAACCAGCAGAUCAUUGGCAAGCUCGAGAGGGCCCUGGGAACGAAGCUGCGUGGCAAGAAAUAGCUUUCGUACUAGUCAUGUGUCCCGGAGCAGCAUAGGGAAGACAAGGCAAACUGUCUGCUUAUUAUCAUCUAUGUUUGGUAUCUCAAGUCAUGCGGACUGUUUCUGUCGGUACAAGAGUGAAUAACUGUGUUCUCAGACCUGUAAUGCUUGCUGCUUGUCAUAUGAGUAUAUGACCUAGCUCUAAAAAAAUUUGUGAUGAAGCUGUCAACUGAUAUGUGAUAACCUCAUAACCAGCGUGGUCAUGAUGAUGCCCAUUCCUGCAGUUGGGCACUUACUCUGUCACCGGUAAUAUAUAUUUUGUCUGUCACCUAUAUAUUUUAGCCUA